AAUCAUUUUGAAGAAUUUGAUGUUGAGAUUUUUUAAUUACGAAUUGAAAAUGAGUUUUAGUAUAUUUUUGUUUCUAGUUCAAUUAGCUGAUACUAUCUUUAUAAAAAUGGCUUUAUCAGCAACGCCGGCAACAGCAGUACCAUCAGUAGCAUCAUCAGCCGGAGGAAAAAGGACGACAUUAGUAAUCAAUAGUAGCAUUGUUUCUUAUGGAUUAGUUCAUGAAUCAUUUAACAAUGUAGGUGUAUCUGUGCUAUCUAGCAAUCUUUUAAAUGCAGCUCCUGAUUCAUAUGAAAUUAUAGAAGACUUUUCUUCGUUGCAGAGCAUUACAGGAUUUCUUAGACAUAAAGUUUAUGGAUGGUUUCUUGCACCAUUAACUGGAUACUAUACAUUUACGAGCUCGUGCAACUUUACCUGUCAGUUGUAUUUAAGCAAUGACAGUAAUCCGCUCAACAAGACAAUAAUUAUUAAUAAUAACUCGGUCCAAAAUUUAACAUCAAAACUAGUUUUUUUACGUGAAAAAAAAAUUUAUUACAUUGAAGUUGUUCUCUCUCCUGUUUCUCCUAAAACAACUUAUCAUUUAUCAAUUGGAGUUCUAUAUACUGAUGACAUUAUUAUAGAAGCAUUUCAAUAUAUUCCUGCAAACCUUCUAGGUUUAAUUUGGAUAGAAACUGGAAAUACAUCUGGAACUGCAUCAACUCCAAUUAAGGAAUGCAAUUUUUACAAUGGUUUGUUCACAACUUGUGUGUGCAGAAAUGGACAGAAAGUCCUUAAUAAUAUUGUUUGUUGUCAAGAUAGUGUUGAGAUUACACAAGAUUCACUUCUGAUGGAAGAUGAAGUACCUUUAGCUAGAAAUACUUAUGUUACAACCUUAAAAUCAUUAAAUAAAGAAUACUCUGUAUUGUUUGAAGUAAAACCAAAUGCUUUUGACUAUAAUUGGAGAAGCGUUAUUCAUUUAUUUCCAGAUAACAGCAAUGAUACUCAAAAUAGCAAUCCUGCUGUUUACUUUGCCCCAAAUGGUAGUUUGUAUGUUACUUCAACUAUAAAUGGUUCAUUCCAUAGUGUUUAUUAUUCAAUGCUCUUUUAUUUAAAAACUUGGAGUCAAAUUAAUGUAAAACAAGAAUUUUGUAUUGAAAGUAAUACCUAUCAGUAUUCUAUCAGCGUCAAUGGAACAAUUGUUUAUUCUACCACAAAUAACAAUCCAGUUGAACUAUCAAAUAUCAAAGUUUAUGCUGCUAACCCAUGGUAUGUUUCUCAAAAUGGAUUCAUUAGAAACUUGGUCAUUAUCAGUGAAACUUAUGAUGCUAUGUUUAUGGGUCGUGAAACUGCACUGAUAAAAGGACUUUCUUCUGGAGCUUUGGAUGUAUUUUUUGAAGAAUAUGCUAUAUUAUUUGAUUUAAAAAUAACAUCGUACGUAUUUGGCAUACAAAAUGUUUUACAUUUAACUACAAAUGGAAGUAAUAAACACGGAGACAAUUAUCCAUUUGUAGACUUUUAUAGUUAUGCAAUGGGUAAGUAUGGUAAUGGAGUUCUUGUAUUUAAUUUUGCAAUAAAUAAUUCGUCUAAGCAAUAUUACUCAUUAACACCUAUUCCUUUGGCACAAUGGGUAGCAGUAAAAUUAUCUCAAAGGUUUUUCAAUGGUACUUAUAAAUACACUGUUUAUAUGAAUCAAAGCACUGAAUAUACAACUAUUGUUACUCAACCAAUAAGGUUUUUUAAUGUGCUUGUUUACACUUCUGAUCCAUUUUUGGCAGCUCAACCUGGGUUUAUCAGAAAUUUGAACAUUGUUAGUAGAAGUCCAGGAGUUUGGACACAGUGGACUGAUUGGUCAAACUGCAGUGAUACCUGUGUCAAUUGCAUGAAAAACAGAAGCCGCUCAUGUAUUGUAAACAUUAUGGGUGGGGAUUGUUUAGGAAACAGUACAGAGUUUGAUACCUGCAUUGGUGUUUGGAUGCAGUGGAGUAGCUGGUCCGAAUGUGCACCAUCAUGUGGAGUAAGUGUUAUGAACAGAUUGCGUAUUUGCAACAAUACAAGAAGUUUGUAUGAUUGUUAUGGCAACAAUACUGAAACAAUACCAUGUAUCAGCAAUAAAACUUGUGUUGGUAUUUGGGUACAAUGGAGUAACUGGUCUGAAUGCCUGACUUUAUGUGGAGUGAGUCUGAUGAGCAGAUCACUCCUUUGCAAUUCUACAAAUACUGUGUUCAAUUGCUCUGGCAACAUUACUGAGACAGCAUCCUGUAUCAACAAUAUAACAUGUUUAGAUAAUUGGAUGCCGUGGAGUAUUUGGUCAGAAUGUGCACCAUCAUGUGGAGUAAGUGUGAUGAACAGAUCACGUAUUUGCAACAGUACAAAGAUUUACUAUGAUUGUUAUGGAAACAAUACUGAAACAAUAUCAUGCAUUAGCAAUAAAAAUUGUGUUGGCGUUUGGAUUCAAUGGAGUAAUUGGUCUGAAUGCCUACCUUCAUGCGGAGAAAGUCUGAUGAACAGAUCUCUUAUUUGCAAUACUACAAACACUGUAUUCAAUUGCAGUGGCAACAUUACUGAGACAGCAUCUUGUAUUAGCAAUGUAACAUGUUUAGGUAUUUGGAUGCCAUGGAGUAGUUGGUCAGAAUGUGCGCCAUCGUGUGGAGUAAGUGUUAUGAAUAGAUCACGUAUUUGCAACAGUACAAAGAGUUUGUAUGAUUGUUUUGGAAACAAUACUGAAACAAUAUCAUGCAUUAGCAAUAAAAAUUGUGUUGGCGUUUGGAUUCAAUGGAGUAAUUGGUCUGAAUGCCUACCUUCAUGCGGAGAAAGUCUGAUGAACAGAUCUCUUAUUUGCAAUACUACAAACACUGUAUUCAAUUGCAGUGGCAACAUUACUGAGACAGCAUCUUGUAUUAGCAAUGUAACAUGUUUAGGUAUUUGGAUGCCAUGGAGUAGUUGGUCAGAAUGUGCGCCAUCGUGUGGAGUAAGUGUUAUGAAUAGAUCACGUAUUUGCAACAGUACAAAGAGUUUGUAUGAUUGUUUUGGAAACAAUACUGAAACAAUAUCAUGCAUUAGCAAUAAAACCUGUGUUGGUGUUUGGAUUCAAUGGAGUAAUUGGUCUGAAUGCCUACCUUCAUGCGGAGAAAGUCUGAUGAGCAGAUCUCUUAUUUGCAAUACUACAAACACUGUAUUCAAUUGCUCUGGCAACAUUACUGAGACAGCAUCUUGUAUUAGCAAUGUAACAUGUUUAGAUGUAAGGGCUCAAUGGAGUAAUUGGUCUGAAUGUCUGCCUUCAUGUGGAAUAAGUAUGAUGAGCAGAUCACUUAUUUGCAAUACUACAAAUACUGUGUUCAAUUGCUCUGGCAACAUUACUGAGAAAGCAUCUUGUAUCAGCAAUAUAACAUGUUUAGAUGUAUGGACAGAAUGGAGUAUUUGGUCUGAAUGCAUGCCUUCAUGUGGAUUAAGUCUCAUGAACAGAUCACUUAUUUGCAAUACUAAAAAUACUGUGUUCAAUUGCACUGGCAACAUUACUGAGACAGCAUUUUGUAUUAGCAAUAUAACAUGUUUAGGUAUUUGGAUGCCAUGGAGUAGUUGGUCAGAAUGUGCGCCAUCGUGUGGAGUAAGUGUUAUGAAUAGAUCACGUAUUUGCAACAGUACAAAGAGUUUGUAUGAUUGUUUUGGAAACAAUACUGAAACAAUAUCAUGCAUUAGCAAUAAAACCUGUGUUGCUUUUUGGACACAAUGGAACAAUUGGUCCGAGUGCAUACCCUGUAGUGUAAGUGAAAUAAGCAGAUCCCGCAUAUGCAAUACUACUAGUUACUUUUUAAGCUGCAUUGGGAAUAGUUCUGAAGCUAAGUCUUGUACCAGUAAUACAACUUGUGUGGCUUAUUGGGCAGAAUGGAACAAUUGGUCUGAGUGCAUGCCAUCAUGUGGCAUUAGUACAAUGAAUAGAUCACGUGAUUGCAAUAACAAAAGUGUUUUUAGUAAAUGUUCUGGCAACAAUACUGAAGUAUUGUCUUGCUUGAGUGGUGUUACUUGUGUAGGAGAAUGGAAUUUGUGGAGUGAAUGCAGUGAAACAUGUGGGCCAGGAUAUAGGAUGAGCUUUCUGCGAAUUCGAAAAGACACGCAACACUAUAAAACUAAAAGUUGCUUUUUGAAAAACUGCACAGAUGGUGCUGAAUGGGGUACAUGGGGGAACUUUGGACAAUGCACCCAAACAUGUGGAAGUGGUAGAAUGGUUAGAAACAGAUUGUGUGAAAAUGUUUCUUCAAACAAUUUUAUUUGUUUUGGCUUGAGUCAAGAUGUUUGGAGUUGUAAUAAUUUUUUAUGUCCAGUAAAUGGAGAAUGGACUAAUUGGUCAGAGUGGUCUUUGUGUAGUCAGCCAUGCAAUGUUGGUGAAACAAAAAGAGUGCGAGACUGUUCUAAGCCAAAACCUCAGUUUAAAGGACUUCGUUGUGUAGGCAGUUCUAAAGAAACCAAGAUGUGCUCUCUGAGAAAUUGUGAAAGUACAUUGGUUACAAUGGGUAUUGUUUUAACAGACGAGGAUUACAACAACCAAUAUUCAGAUGUUAGCAGUUUAGCUUCCCAAAGACUUAAAGAAAAAAUAAGAAAUUCGAUGCAAAAUAUGUACAAUGGCCAUAAAAAUAGUGUGGCAUUUGUAAUCACAAUACAUUCCAUCAAAAUCGUUCAUCCAUAAUCAGUAAAUAUGGAAGCUCUGGUAUGAUCAACAUUAGGUAUGGAAGCUCUGGUGUGGUCAACAUUACGUAUGGAAGCUCUGGUGUGGUCAACAUUACGUAUGGAAGCUCUGGUGUGCUCUUAAAUUUAACUUUAGGACUUUGAUUAGGCGUAGGCAUUUGUGUAGUUUUUGCGUGCUCCCUGUUUGUGUUAAUACAGCACUGAAAAUUUUAUUUUGACAUGUCGUUGGAUUAAUAUACUUAAUUUCUUUUAUAUAUUUGUGUUGCACGUUUUUAUCUAAUUGACCUGAGCUCUAAAGUUCUAAAUAUACAACAUAAGGUAUGACAGUUCUGAUAUAUUUACGUAUGGAUAAAAUCUUGAUAUAGUAAAACGUCUAAAAUGAUGAACCAUAUCCUUUUGAUAUAU